AUGUUACAUCUACAGCCACUUGUCCACACUUCUGUUUUUCACUCAGAAGCAAAACAUCUGCAACAAAUACAUGUAAGCAAACAGGACAUGAGGAAGCCAUGAUGAACCUGGCCUAUGCUCUGAUCUUUGGAUUUGUUAUUGCUGCUGGUCUGCCUCUCAAUGCCAUGUCACUGUGGAUUUUGCUUCGUCAUCACAGCCUCAAAACGCCCAGUGCUGUUUUCAUGGUUAACCUGGCCAUCUCAGACCUGUUGCUCAUCAUAUCCUUGCCCAUGAGAGUCUACUUUUACGCUACAGGCAUGUGGCCCCUCAACAACAUGGCAUGUAUCUGGGUGAGAAUGCUCUUUCGCAACAACAUCCGCUCCAGCUCCAUCUUCAUCACCUUCAUCAGCGUGGACAGGCUGCUGGCUGUGGUUUAUCCUCUGAGAUCACGGUACCUUCGAACAUCAUCAAAGGCCUGGAAAGGUGCUGCACUUGUUUGGCUGAUUGUGGUGGUAGUGAAUGUCCCAGAGAGUGUGGGCUUCUCAAGAUUUUUAGAUGAAGCAAAAAUUGCCUGUUUUGAAUACCAAAAUGCCACUUUCUCCAGCCCAGCACCAAGUGGGCCACUAAACAGGGCAAUUGACUAUUUUCAGCUUGUGUUACUGUUCACCAUGCUGGCAGUCAAUAUUGUGUCCACUGCUUUGGUAUCUUGGACAGUACAGAGACAUCUGCAUGAGUCUGCAAGAGUCAACAACAAAGUGAAUGUCAUGCUGAUUUUUGCCAUGAACUUGAUGAUGUUCACUGUAUUCUUCUUACCGGUGUCCCUGGUUGUUUUCUUUGAGUACUACAGACCUGCCCUGAGCUGUCUUGCUAGUUUGAACUGUUGUCUGGACCCACUUUUGUAUUACUUUUCGUUUGAUGGAUUCUGGAAGAGAAAAGAGGAUGUUGACACAUCUCUUGCAAGAGAAUAGUUUCCCAACACGAACAGAGACAGGUGGCUUUUACAAAGCACGUGAACAGAAAUAGGUCAGGUUUCUGCUGCUGUUGUUAAUAUUUUUAUGCUGUGAUACAUGCAAGAGGUUAUGCCUUAUAUUUUAAGCCCCUUAAAAAUGUGAAUGUUUUAAAACACAUCCUCUCUUGUUAACCUAGAAAUAAAUCAACUGUUCAGUUAGAUAAUGAUUUAUGAAAAUAUAAAACCAAGAGUUUAUGUUACAGCACUUGACACAAUGUGUUAAGUUGCUGCUGAUUCAAAACUGUUUCAUGCUGCUAGUUGUCAUAAAUGUAACAGGGUACAUUUCAAUUCAACUUCAAGUCAGAUAAGCUCUGGAAAUAUUUAGAAACUUUUAUGUGGUAGAAUGCAGCAUGUGAUGGUGUGAUCUGCAACCAUGUGACAAUGGCAGAAACAAGAAAUUAACAGUGAUGGGUAUAGAUGGUUGUUUGCUGACUGAGAUUUUUUUAUUUUAUUUUGCUUCUGUUUCUCUUCAUAACUUCCGCUAUACAAUCGAACAUGGCAUCAAAAAAUCUGAUGCUAAAUUGUUAUUUGGCUAAUAAGGCAUAAUCUUCCUUCAUCUUAGUUAAGUUGUCCUUUUUACUAUUCUAACAGCAUUUGGCUCCGUCCUGUGUGUGUCUGUGUUUAUAAGUCCUGAAGUAGAGCUGAGGCUCUUGUGCUUUUUGUCACAUUCUCAAUUCAGGAGCCAGAAUCACUCAAGUUCCACCAUCAUUGCCAGAUGGAUAGGCAAAUUAAUCCAAAAAGCAUCUAAAUUUUAAAGAAUGCAGAUGUCAUGUCUGGAACUGAACAAUGGGGAUUUGUUUUUUUCUUAGCACUCCCAGAGAUUUUUAACAGUGUCUAAUCAUACCCUGCUUUUUUUUUAUUCUUUCUUAGUAACUAGGCCAGUGAUGGAACAGACCUAACCACAGCUUGUUCAUCAUGUAUCAUUUCCAUGCCCAAAGUCACGUUUCAUCCAUCAGUUAUCUUAUAUGAGUAAAAAUUCAACUCUCUCUAUGAGAAACGAGCGAUGGUUACAUAAAGAAGUUAUUUGUAUGCACAAGAUGUUGCUCCUUGUAAAUAAAGUCUGGUUAUAAGUUCAUAAAGCUGCUGCUGGUCAGAUAUUGCUUUACCAUGACCCUUCAGAAAUUGGAUCCCGUUAUGGAGGCACUUACCUUCCUCAAGCAGCUUCAUAUAUGUUUAAUGUGAACUUUACCUGUGCACCAUUAAACUGGAGAUUUUGACUUCUGGAUGAAAAAAUAAACAUAAAAACUCAUAUAUUGUGGUCUGUGUACUGAUUUUUUUAGCCAUAUAAACCUUCUUUCCACGAAACUAUUAUUUAUUUGGCCUUGCUCAUAUUGUGCUGA